CUGGAAGGGAUUAAAUACCAAAUUCAUGAUGUAUAAAAGCGAUUUUGGGGCACUUCGUUCGCAUUUACUUUUUAUCCAUUUUCAAGUGCAAGUGCCGAAAUGAAGACUUUCCUCACUCUGGGACUUCUGGUCGCUAUCAGCUACGUGCAAGCUGGACUCGUUCCUGCCUCCACCACCCUCCUGAGACAGUCAACAACAAUCGCACAUCCAUCAGCCAUAAGUUACGCGCAACCCAUCGCCUACUCCGUGGUGCCUUCAGUGUACUCUCAACCGCUUCUGCACAACGCUUACUAUGCCAAUCCUGUGUUUUCAUCAGGUCCUCUUUUGGCCCAACAAUCCAUCUACGCCCAGUAUCCCGGACUGGUGGCCCAAAGCCCUGUUCUGCAGUAUCCAUUUGGUCCACAGGGUCUAGUUCAAGUGGAUCAAACUGGAGUCCCGCAGGUUGAAGGAGGUGCCCAAAUUCCACCACAGCAGCAACCACAACCACAACCGCAGCCACCGCAAAGUGCCCCUCAAGCUCCUCCACAGCAAUCUCCAAUUUUAAGUGGUCCUUCGGCUGGAACCGCCGCUGAUGACGACACUGUCUCCGUGGAAGCUGCUUAGAUAUAAGUUUGAGUAUUAAACGAAAUUGCUAAAACUCA